AUGGCGGCUGCGGCGGGCGCGGGCGCGGGCGCGGGAGGAGCGGGGGGUGCGGCGGGCGCGGCGGCCGGCGGCGGUGGGGCACGCGAGGGCGCCCGGGUGGCGGCGCUGUGCCUGCUGUGGUACGCGCUGAGCGCGGGCGGCAAUGUGGUCAACAAGGUGAUCCUGAGCGGCUUCCCGUUCCCCGUGACCGUGUCGCUGUGCCACAUCCUGGCGCUGUGCGCGGGGCUCCCGCCGCUGCUGCGCGCCUGGCGCGUGCCCCCCGCGCCUCCCGUCUCGGGCCCCGGGCCCAGCCCGCACGGGUCGCCUGGCCCGCUGCUGCCGCCGCGCUUCUACCCGCGCUAUGUGCUGCCGCUGGCCUUCGGCAAGUACUUCGCGUCCGUGUCGGCGCACGUCAGCAUCUGGAAGGUGCCCGUGUCCUACGCGCACACCGUCAAGGCCACCAUGCCCAUCUGGGUGGUACUCCUGUCCCGGGUCAUCAUGAAGGAGAAGCAGAGUACCAAGGUGUACUUGUCACUCAUCCCCAUCAUCAGCGGCGUCCUGCUGGCCACCGUCACUGAGUUGUCUUUUGACAUGUGGGGGCUCGUCAGCGCCCUGGCUGCCACGCUGUGCUUCUCUCUUCAGAACAUAUUCUCUAAAAAGGUAUUGAGAGACUCGCGGAUCCACCAUCUCCGGCUGCUGAACAUCCUUGGCUGCCAUGCCGUCUUCUUUAUGAUCCCCACAUGGGUUCUGGUGGACCUCUCCGCUUUCCUGGUCAGCAGCGACUUGACCUACAUCUCCCAGUGGCCCUGGACACUCCUGCUCCUGGCUGUCAGUGGCUUCUGUAACUUCGCCCAGAACGUCAUCGCUUUCAGCAUCCUCAACCUCAUCAGCCCCCUAAGCUACUCAGUCGCCAAUGCCACCAAGAGGAUCAUGGUCAUUACGGUGUCCCUGAUCAUGCUGCGCAACCCGGUCACUAGCACCAAUGUCCUGGGCAUGAUGACAGCCAUCCUGGGUGUCUUCCUAUACAACAAGACCAAGUAUGAUGCAAACCAGCAAGCCAGGAAGCACCUCCUCCCUGUCUCGACGGCAGACCUGAGCAGCAAGGAGCAUUACCGGAGCCCACUGGAGAAACCCCACAACGGUGUCCUCUUCCCCCAGCACGGGGACUAUCAGUAUGGCCGCAACAACAUCUUAACAGAUCACUUCCAGUAUAGCCGGCAGAGCUAUCCAAACUCAUACAGUUUGAACCGUUAUGAUGUGUAGGUUCUACAGGACAGGGCGGACGUUCUGCAACUCCUCCCACCCCCAGCAGAAUCAGAAACUUCUGAUAACUGGUGAAUGUAAAACCCAGCUAAGGGGAUGGUGCAUUACCUACCAUCCGGAGACCCUGCGGCUCCCAGCUCCCCAUGGGCAGCAGGAGGAUAUGCCUGAGGUGUAGACAGCCAUGGAUUCUGGGCAGAGGCAAAUCUAAAUGGAGACCUGUUUUUGCACUCUCUCGUCCUGGAGUCUGUCAUCUGAGGGCUGCGUCCCCAUGGAGAUCUUGGCCAAGUUUUACUUUUCUGUGUGGAAUUAUUCUCUGUGUAUUUUAGAGCUCCUGUUCUGUUUUCCGGAUCACAUUUGGGACCCUCUCUGGUAAAGUCGGGUUGCUGUGGAUACAGGCCCCAGAGCUGGCAACAGGUGGUUUCCUUGCCCUGGGGAGGGCAGUGUCAAGGAGAGGAUCAUAGGGUGGUGCUGGAGAAUGACGGACUAGCUGCUUUAAUUCACUCCUCAGAUAUGUGGGACCGACGAAGAACCAGUGAGAGUUAGUUAAAACAGCUCCUGCAACAAAGGUGGAUGCCGUUCUCCAGUCAUCCCUGUGGCCAUUGUCCUCAGUGCAAAGCUAUUGCAAGGAGUGUUCAAUUCCUGGAGCCUGAUUUUUUGACCUGCAAGUUGGAGUUGGCAUCCACCCAGAGCCAGAGGGAAGGGAAACUGCCGUCCCCUCUGCCCUUUCUUUCUUGUUCCAGAGCUGGGCGCUUCUCUUGGGGUAGAAAGAAGGAUCUUGAGGAAAUCAUAUUCAGUGUUUCAAGCUGUACUUCUGUAGUGCUUGUCUUUUCAGACGAGUCUUCACCACUUCCAUGAUGACUUGGUGGUAUGUUUGAUGACUUUGGUGGGGAGAUCUUGAUUUUAUGAGGAUCUUACACUUUUGUGUGUGUUUUUAUGUCUUGGUCUCUCAUGAAAGGACGCAUGAGGACUGGCUUAUGGAUUGGAAACCAUUUUGUUUCUAAAUGUUUAAAGACAAGAAAUGUUCUUGCAGGCAAUACCUGUCUGACACAUUUUGGUAUGUAGUAGGAAGCCAUGAAGUGUUUUGAAGCUCCCCUCUUGAUGACCACAAUCACUGAAAAUGGAUUGUCUCAAGAUCAAGGGUUUGAUUUCCCCUACUGACCACCUGCCACAAGAAAAAAGAAUAUUCUCUCAAUAUUUUGUGUAAUAGAUAAGACCACAGUGUUUUGA